AUGAUUGCUUCUGAUGAGAUUAUGGCGAGAUUUGUCUUGGUGGCAGGAAUGGGAGAUUUGCUAUGCGAUACAGCCCUUCUUCCCACAUGCAAAGUUCUUCUUUCGUUUCUACAGAAGUACAACUUGAAAGGUCUAGUGAAAAUAAGGAAAUUCGCUUCAAAGUUUGUCACAAAAAUCCUUCAAACAGUUGAUGCUAUCGAUCUACCUGAACUGGAAAAACUGAGUCGAGGAGAUCCCACGCGAUGGGCAGAAGGUGUGACAAAUUCAUUCAAGUACUGCGCUGCUGAGGAACCGUUGCUCAUAGCGUUCCUGACAAGACUUCUUUCGGGUGAGUGA